UCGGGCUGACGGGACACGGUUACCGAAUGCGGGUCAGUAUUUUGUGCCUUCCGCUGUUUUUUAGACUAAACUCUGAGGAAACUUUAAGGAGUUACCACAAAAACGAAAAAGACUGCGGCGCAACGACAGAGGGAAUCAAAAAAGUGUUGGAUCUCGGAUCGUCUCCAUCUGUAUCUGAGAUUUGUGUCCGUCCGAGAAAGAAAAGGGGGGCUCUAUUGGAAAUUCUCUAACCCCCAGCGGGACGCUCGCAGUCGUCUUCGCCAAAAUCCCUCCAAGGAAACCCGAGUUUGCUGGGAUCAAAUUAAGGCCACCAACUGAUGCUGUUUCAACUUUCCAAAAGAGGGCUUGACGGUGCUAUCCCAGGGUGCUGAGGGCCAAUGCCAGCGGACAUGCAGCCGCAUCAGGGGCUGUUUCAGUACGAGUCCACCACCAGCCACCCACCCCGAGGCCUGACCCCUUCUGCAAAUUCGCCGUACAUUGAUGCCUCUUCUCUCGGCCAAUCCGCUGACGGCAGAGCCAUGUACAACCCCCUGACCCCCAGCAUGACCCCCGGCCCCUGCAUGGACCCCUACAUGCGCCCUCCCCACGCUGGACACCCCCAUGGCAUGCUGGGACACCGGGGCCUCCCGCCGGCUGAGGGAGGUAAUGGUUCCGCCUACUGUAGCCAGGGUAACCUGAUGUCAUCACAACACAGCUUCCCCAUGGGCCCACCGAGCCUGGAGCAUGUUGCUACGGGAGACGGCUCACGGUUUUCCACCCCACGCUCCAUGCUGAAGCUCAGUAAGAAGCGUGCUCUGUCCAUCUCUCCGCUCUCUGACGCCAGUGUGGAUCUGCAGACGGUCAUCCGGACCUCGCCCAACUCCCUCGUGGCCUUCGUUAACUCCCGCUGUGGGCCCAACAGCACUGGGUCAUACGGACACCUGUCUGUCAGCACAAUGAGUCCCUCGAUGGGGUACUCCAGCUACCCGUCCCGUCCCCAGGGCAACAUGUACGGGGGGGGCACACCCCUGGUACAUCCCCCCGGACCCUGCCAACCCCCCCGCAUGCUAUCCCACAAUCCCCGGCUCCACGCCCCGCCCAAACACUGCCAUCAGAUGAAGACAGAGCCGGUCCUAGGUAGCGUGAUGGACAGCCUAUCCGUGAAGGGAUUGGAGGACAGGUCAGAGGGGGACGUGGCCAGCCCCUCCUCCACCGGGACACAGGACCCUCUCCUGGGGUUGCUGGAGGGGAGAGAGGACCUGGACAAAGAGGAAAAACCAGAACCUGAGGCCGUCUACGAGACCAACUGCCACUGGGAGAGCUGCAGCAAGGAGUUCGACACACAGGAACACCUCGUACAUCACAUUAAUAACGAGCACAUCCACGGGGAGAAGAAGGAGUUUGUGUGCCACUGGCAGGACUGCUCUCGGGAGCAGAGGCCCUUUAAGGCCCAGUACAUGCUGGUGGUGCACAUGCGCAGACACACCGGGGAGAAGCCACACAAGUGCACUUUUGAAGGCUGUAACAAGGCGUACUCUCGGCUGGAGAACCUGAAGACUCACCUGCGCUCCCACACUGGAGAGAAGCCCUACGUCUGUGAGCACGAGGGCUGCAACAAGGCCUUCUCCAACGCCUCCGACCGCGCCAAGCACCAGAACCGCACACACUCCAACGAGAAACCGUACGUGUGUAAGAUCCCCGGCUGUACGAAGCGCUACACGGACCCCAGCUCCCUGCGCAAGCACGUGAAGACCGUGCAUGGCCCCGAGGCCCACAUCACCAAGAAGCACCGCGGCGACGCAGGGCCCCGGGCCCCUGGCUCAGUGCUGCCCCCCCAGGGCCAGGAGAAGGAGGAGGGACGGCGGGACGACUGCAAACUGCUGCUGGCACCUGAGAGCAGCCUGAAGUCCCAGCCCAGUCCCGGAGGACAGUCGUCCUGCAGUAGCGAACGUUCGCCACUGGGGAGCGCCAACAACAAUGACAGCGGGGUGGAGAUGAACGCCAACACGGCUGGAAGUCUGGAGGACCUGACGGCGUUGGAGGAUGGAGGCGGGGCGGGAGGGGUGGAGGGUGGGGCUGGAGGUGGCGUUCUGGGUUUGGGUGUGUCUGCCCAGGCCCUUAGGAGGCUGGAAAACCUAAAGAUUGACAAGCUGAAGCAGGUCCGCCGGCCCACUCCCCCAGGGCGGCCCGGCACCAUGGGCAACAGCAAGCUGCCAGCACUCACAGCCCCCGGGAGAGACGUACUGGGCAUGUGCGCCCCCUCCCCAAUGCUGUCCAACCGCCGGGUGCUGGAGCUGUCCAAUCUGGAUCUGGGGGGGGGUCCGGGGGGGAUGGGAUGCUCCGCCCCCAGCGACCGCAGAGGGAGUGGCACCAGCAGCCUCAGCUCCGCCUACACGGUGAGCCGGCGGUCCUCCAUGGUGUCGUCCUACCUGUCCAGCCGGCGCUCCAGCGAGGUGUCGCAGGUCGGGGGGGCAGGAGCGCAGCUGCAGGGCAUUCUGGGACAUGAUUCCGGGGGACAUCCCCUCUCCCCGGAGACCGGCCGCUUGCCGGGGCUCCCCAGCCUGACGCCGGCCCAGCAGUACAGCCUGAAGGCCAAAUACGCCGCAGCCACUGGAGGACCUCCUCCCACACCGCUGCCCAACAUGGAGCCCCAGGGGCCCCCCAGGCGAAUGGGAGGGGGGUUCCCGAGCGAGUACCAAUACCCCCCCUUCCUGCACCAUGGCGGCCCUGCCCGUCGCCAUAGCGCCAACACGGAGUAUGGGACGGGGGUGCUGUACCCCCACCAGGCCCCUGGGAACGGGGUUCGGCGGGCCAGUGACCCCACCGGAGCGGAGCCUCAGCCGCUUGCCAGGGUGCAGCGUUUCGGGAGCCUGGGGAACGUGGCGCUGCAGGCAGGGAGUGGGCGGCGGAACGCGUUGGCGCACUGCGGUUCAGACUCAGGCCUGUCGGCGAGUCGCCACGCCUACCCCCCACGCCCGCCCAGCAUCACCGAGAAUGUAGCCAUGGAGGCAGCGGGGGCAGACCCUAGUGGGGGAGACGAUGUCAUGAUGGCUCCGCUUGGUGGCCACAGGGCAUACGGCGGGUACCAGAACCACCACACCCACCAUCCGCACCACCCGGGGGCAGCCACCCAGCUCUCCCCAGCCCACGAGGGCCUGGGCUUCCCCGAGCAGGGCUACUUCAGCAGGGAUAUAGGGGUGGAAGAGAGGAUGUCGGCGGGAGCCAGCUUGCUCCAGCAGGCCGAAUACAGCAUGAGCGCCUGCCAGCUGAGUCCCUCAGGCCCCCAGUACCCCUCCGCCCUGGGGCAGGGGGCCGGGGAGGCCGGGGUGGGGGCCGGGCCCUGGGGCGGCCCCGCCCAGAUCCAGGGUGGGGUGCAGUACCAGACCCAGCAGGGCCCGUUCCCGGGGAACCCCCAGAAGCUGGUCAUCAAGCCUGAACAGCAGUACCACCCAGCCCUGGGAGCCCCCAGCCAGUGCCAGAACAUGAAGCAGCAUUUAUCUCCGCCCGGAUAUGACCAGCAGGCAGUAUCCAGGCCCGCCCACCCCAGCUGUGACUUCCAGGGCCAGGCCCGGAUGGACCCACAUCCUUCCCAGCAGCAGGACCCCUUCCUAGGCUGUGAUGGCCGCAGGUCCCACACCCCCAUGAUGCAGGUCAAGGAGAUGAUGGUGCGCAACUAUGUCCAAUCCCAGCAGGCCCUGCUCUGGGAGCAGCAGCAAAGGGGCGCGCCCGACGGAGGUGUGGCAGGGAAAGGGGGCGUGGACGAGGGUAUGGAGAUGAGCAGGCAGGGUUCGGCGAUGCAGCAACAGCAGGAAGACACUCCCCACCACCACCAGCACCAACACCUCCAACAGCAGGAAGACACUCCCCACCACCACCAGCACCAACACCUCCAACAGCAGCAGCACCAGCAGCACCAUGCCCUCUACAGCGGGGGAAAUGGCUACCAGGGCUACCCCACCCCAAACCUGAUGAGUCCACCUGCGGGACAGCCCAAAGAUCCGCUGCUGGGUCUGUCGGGGUCCUGCUACGACCUGGACAUAGUGGUCCCGCGGCCCCCCCAGGGCCGAAAACCGCCAAGCCGCCAGAACAGCCUCUCCCAGCCAGCGGCGCAGGGUGCGGGGUACCUGUCCAGCCCCCCCCACCUGAGCCCCACCCAUUCCUCGGUCAGCCCCCGCAGAGCAGUGCGCCUGCCCCCUGUCACACAGCCCCACCCAGACACCCUGCCGACCGCCAACCCCACCCUGUACUACUCGGGCCAGAUCCACAUGCACCCCGACCUGGACAAACAGCUCCGCCACCAGGAGGUGCCUCAAAUGCCCUGCCUCAACCACAUGGGGGCUCUGGAGGGGAAGUCGGCCUCGCUGGCAUACCCCCCCGACCCGGCCCCUAUGUCCAACGCGCUUGACAACCUAGACCUGGACAGCGCCCAGAUCGACUUCACCGCCAUCGUGGACGACCCUGAGGACCCGUCCCCCUUCGGGCCCCUGCACCCCUCCUCCCCUCAGACCUCCUCCCGCCUCACCACCCCCCAGACCUCCCUCUCCCUGCCCUCAGGGGGCCUCUCCAACAUGGCCGUGGGAGACAUGACCUCCAUGCUCACCUCCCUGGCUGGGGAAAACAAGUAUCUCAACACGCUGUCUUAGAAGAUGGCUGUCAGUCUGCCAUGGGACAGACAAGACUUCACCAAACCCGAUGUGGGAGGAAUUAUGACUUGCUAUAAGCCAUUAUUGUGUUUCUAUCAUGAAGAGGACAAGCUUUUGAUAGGUUAAAACCAGUCAGUGAUUGACAGGUCAUUGUGUCUCCACACAUGAUUGGAUUCUUGAAUCAUUGCUCUUCCACCACGAGUGACACCAGAAGGACAGUGUUCCUCCCUUUUCUGUCUCAACCCAGCCAGGACAGUUUUAAAGCCCACUGCCUUCCUAGCCAAACCAAAGGGUGCCUGUUGAACUUUCUCUCACACUGAAGGGGUUAGGUUGUGUUUGUGAGUACUGUUCCCGAAACAGAACAUCUUUCCCACCGUUGGUUUCCGGGAUACACCGACAGAACGAACACGCCAUGGCAACAGUGGUACUGAAAGUUUACAUUAGAUGUAAAUAAGGCAGAGGCGUAUAUGCUGUGUAUAUGGUGAUACUGACUGAGAGGAGAGUAGCUACUUUCUGAGUUAUGUGUACUGUAUGUCUAAAGGGCGACUGGACUUUGAAACGGCUCAUAGUGCAACAGAUGAACCACAGAGGACUCAGUAAGGAGCUAACUGUGAGCCUAUUAAGCUGCAGAAACAGUGUUGUUACUCUCUUACAUAACCCAGGGGCAUACUCCUGACACAAACAUACUUAACAAUAUAGUAUUUCUUUAUUUUAGAUAAAGGUAAAGAAGCAUUUGAAAUCCGGAGCUAUGAGCAAAAGGAUGUGUACUACAGCUGAGGUGGGGGUUCCCCCCCUCCUAAAUAUUUUCAGAAGUCCAUAAAGAUAUUCCUUAUGGACCAUGUUCAGAGUUUUUUUUUUCUAAAGAAAAUAAAGUGCCUUUCCCCCGCAUGGCUACCGUUAGCAGCCCACCUCCGUUCCACAGAUGCUCCUGCAGGGGGCAGGGCCAAAGGAGGGAGGGUGUUUGAUGGACAGCGGUGCAGAACCAAUCCCGUUUCCCAUUUUCAUUAAAGAUUUCCCGUUCUUGGUCAACUUUUCCCUCAGCAAAAAAAUCAGCCUACAGUGAAAGGUAUGGUUUAUGCUGUGCAGGGGUGGCAGCACAAAGAGGACCCAUACCAAUUUUACCUUUCUCAUUUGAUUAGCCCAGUCGUUGAUUUGAGCGGACAUUAAAGUUGUGUGCUGCAGAAUUCAUGUCCUUGGUGAAAGCGUUUGGAUGGGGCCCAAUGGAGGAAUGAAUCAGCACUGUCUGGCCCUCAGGGGCCAGAGUCGCUACCUCCGGCUCUCAUGACUUUAGGAAGAUCUGAGGGGUGAAGGGCCCCCUCCACUCCACAGUCAUUGGUGCCAGCCCUGGAGAGUCAGCAGACCAGAAGUCCUGUGGCCAGUUGGCUCUCAUGCCGCUCAGGGAUGGGAGGGCUUCACGGCCCCCUGCUGGCCAAUCAGGCACUUGCCUCUAGAGCUGCACAAAAAGUGCCUUUCACCGAAUCUUAUCAUCGUGAGCCCAACUGCAGCAUGAUAAGAACGGGAGUCGAUGGCACGUUUCUCAAGCAUUGGCCAUUCCCAAUCGGGAGAGAUGGGGGGAAAUGCCUGAAAAAGAAAAAUGUGACGGAAACUGGCGGAAUGUUGGGUCACAGCUGGCCUCAGGGUUAGAGCAGCCUCCAGCCCUGUCUGGCCUCAGGGUUAGAGCAGCCUCCAGC